ACAGAUAAAAUGGCACGAUCCAAUAUCCAGUGGGGAUUGCUGUUGUUGAAUAUGAUAGAAACAUUAAAUGCUAAUGUUUUUUGGACAUUUGAACCAGAGGUCAUACGAAUUGGAGAGACUCUGUCUUUAGUCUGUACUGUAGCUGAUGUAGACAUUAUCGACCAAGGACUUAUAAGGCAGUGGACAAAAGGUCCGGAACUGAUUUGUUAUAAUGGCCAUCCAAUAGAUCCAAUUAAGUAUAGCGAAAUUGUGACGAAUGAUAACCAAUUUAAGCUGCAGAUCAACAACGUAACAGAGUCUGACUUACAGUGUAAUUACCAAUGUCGUUAUAGCUUUGAAACACAAACAAAGAAGAUAGAGAUAUCGAGACAUAAUUUUGAAUAUCCACCAGCAAAUGAAACCAAAGCCAUAAUCAAAAGCAACGUAUCAGAUGGAAGUAUGACAGUAGAUCUGCAUUUGAAAAAGGUUUAUCCCAUGCCGAUCUGUAAUGUAACCGUAGGGGAUUCCCAAAUGUCUCUCGAUAUUGUGAAGCACCACACAAAUGGUAUCUACUAUGAAGUUUAUAUGAUUAAACGAUUGGCGAAUUCGAUAAAAUGCAAUCGUGAUUUUGAAGUUUCUUGCCAGCUGAUAAAAAAUUACUCUUUAGCAGUUGAACAUAUUAAUCCCUGUAAACCAGAAGCUUUCACUGACGAUUCAGAGACAGGGAAUGAACUAUUGGUUAGUUUGCUGACAGUUUUCAUAGUACUCAUUGUGGUAAUAGGAUUUCUGAUAUUUAAAAAACGUUUAAAAAGAAGAGAUUCAGACCAAGAAGAGAAAAAUGAAAAAGACACAAACAAUGACGUUGAAAGUCAACCAUGUACAUGUACAAGUAGCAGCAAUGUUUCUGAUGACAGCAAAUCUACAACUGAUGUAAAUUUUAAAGAGAAAGAAAAAUUCCUGUCACAAGAUUCCGGCUUGGGAGUUGAAGAUGAACAGCAAAAAAUAUUUUAGACAAUGCAAAAAUGAAAUAACGACUGGAUGAAAGUCAGAUAUUACCGGUCUCAAUCGAUGACAAAAAUGUUCGAAGAGAGGAUGAAGAUUAGUGUCUAUGGACAUAUAACUGGUCAUAUGUGAAAACUCAAAUUUAUUUUAAGUUGAAUUUGUGUUUUUGUCUAGAAUGCGACUUCUGUCACAGAAUCUAGACAUAGGGACAGGGACUCGGCGGCGUUAACAUAUACUUCUUAAAAGCUUGAUAUUUCAGAAGGUAAAAAACCUGAAUCGUUCAUACUUCAUAUAUAGUAGUAGUGCGAAUGUAUGUGUGAAUUACACAUGUAUAUAUUUUGAAUAUAUGAAAGCCUAUUGCACGUCAAUUUCAAUCCAAAUAUAUAGAUGACUUAUGUUAUGAAUUUUCCGUCUGUCAUAUAUCCAUUGUCCUUGACCUCAUUUUUCUGGUUAAGUGACUAAUUAAAAACAAAAGUUUUUUGUUUAAGUAUUUGUUAUUUCUCUCUCAUUGUGAGUAAUAUGAUAACUAUAUUUGGUAUGUGCGUACCUGGCAUGGUCCUUGUGCCCAUCAGAUAGUUUCUGCUUGACCUCGAACUCAUGGAUCAGUGAACAAGGUCAAGUUUUCAGGGUCAAGUCCAUAUCUCAGAUACUUUAAUCAAUAUGUCUACUAUAUUUGAUUGUAAGGUGUACAUGUCCAACUGACUUGUGUCAUCUGACCUUGACCUCAUUUUCAUGGUUCAGUGGUUUAAGUUAAGUAUUUGUGUUUUGGUCAAAUUUUCUUUUACUGUAUGCAAUAGGAAAACUAUGUUUGGCGUAUGAACAUAUUUAAGUCUGGCAUGCAUAAUCAUUAGGGCAUCGAUAAUUAUGAUUUAUGGAAUUAUUGUAAAGUGUUUAUGUCUGUCUGGCAAUUGUCAUAUUAAUAUCAUGACCUCAUUUACAUACUAUCCCAGCUAAGACGUGUCUGUCUUUAUUCGGCAAUUAACUUAAACAUUGCCACAUGUCCAUGUGUCUAUCCAAAUGCAUGCUCAUGAACAAAGGCAGCAACUGUUUUGAUAGUAUAUUUGUUAUGACCUCUGACAACGGAUCUAUGAAGUUGGUCUUUAGGCGUUAUCUGAAGCUUGAUAUUUAUUUAUGUGCAUACCUACAAAUGUCUCUCGCUUUUGUUUGAGUUGUUAUUUGAAUUUCUUGUUGUCGUAUACCCUGUAUCGUUUUCUUAAACAUACUAACAGUGUUUUCAUACAUAAGUUAAUGUCUGUACGAUUUCUGGUAUGGCAGUUGUUUUCUAUGAGUUUCAUGUGUUUGAACUUUUGAUUUUUCAAUUUGAUAAGGAACUUUCCAUUUUGGAUUCCUUGGAGCUCGGUAUUUUGGUUAUUUUACUUUUUUAUCUUGUAUAAAUAAAUCAUUUUUAAAAAUAUAUGUAGAGAUAAAUAGAUUUACAGAUCUAACAUUGUUGGGCUGUUUUUUAGACAAAUUGUAUAUACAGAAUGUGUUUUCAGCCUUGUAUCGCCAUCACUAGUGAUCCGAUGGAUUCAAUCUGUCACUGGUUCAGACGUACUUAAAAUAUUAAUAUUUCUGUGACUGCAUCCUACAUUUAUUUGUAAGGUCCUCUACGAUAGAUAAUUCAGCUGAUCUGUAAUAUUCCAUCUUCAUGUCUUAUAUAUCAUGUAAUGUGUUACAACGCUAGAUAAAAACUGAGGAGAAAAGGUGACAGCCAUAAGCUUGAUAUUUGUUGAGCCUAGGUGGUCAAGUGCGUCGGGCAUAGUGCAAGGCGAUUUGGUGCCACGAUAUCUUAAAAGCAUGAGUUCGAAUCCCGGGCAGGGAAGUACAAAUAUUUUGUAUUAUGUUUAUGCUUAUACAAAAGUAUAUUUUUAUCUAUACAUUUAUAAGGGUCUGGAUGGGGGACCUUCAUUUAUGUAUUCUUUUUUUUAUUCCUAUCUUCUCUAUUCUUUAUAUAUUUUUCCUGUUAUUUUCUUUUCUUUAUAUUUUAGCACCCAUUAUUUUCCAUUCUUUAUUUUUUUUGCAUUAUUUUUUUCAAUUUAUUCUGUUUUUUUGUCUCGCCUGAGACGAAAGUCGCAGUACGCGAGACAUAGGUAUAACUUUCCGGCGAUGGCGAAAAUUAUUUGUUUAAAGCUUUAUAAUUCAGAAAUAAGAAGACCUGGGUGAUUCAUAACUUGUAUGCAGAUACUGUAUGUGACUAAGUUUCCAUCUGUCAUACGUCGAAUGUCCUUGAUCUCAUUUUCAUUGUUCAGCAAGUGCUUGAGAAAAUAAUUUGAAUUUUUUUGUCAUUUGAAUUUCUCACUCGUUAUGAGUAAUAGGAUAACCAUAUUUGGUACAUGUAUAUGGGUCCCUUGCAUGCAACGUCAACCUGUCUGCCAGACAGCAGGGUUAACCUGACCUCGAGCUCAUUUCAUGGACCAUUGAUUAAGGUGAAAGUUUCGUGAUUAGGUCCGUUUCUCAAAUACAAUAAGCAGUUGGUCAAUUAUAUGCGGUGUAUUGAAGGUGAUUGUAAGGUGUACAUUUCAGUCUGAUAGGUUACAUUUGACCUUAACCUCAUUUAUAUGGUUCAUUGUCCAAUGUUAAGUUUUUGUCGUUUGGUCUGUUUUUCAAGUACUAUAAGCAAUAAAUGUAGGUCAGUUAUAUUUUGUGUUUAAAAAAAUGUAAGUUGUAUAUAUACGUCUGUCUGGCAUCAUUAUCUGCGUUUCUAGUCAGUUAAUCAGGAGAGACACUUUAGCGUGUGCACUCUUGUUGGACCCUUAUCUGCACUUUCCCCCUAUUAAUAUCUAUUAUGUAAACCCCAUCUCAUAUGAUUUGGCAGCUGUUAAAUAUAUUGAUUUCUAGAAUGUACUUAGACUAGUACUAUUGAUUCAUUACUAUCCAUUCAGAGUUAACUUUCGAAAAAUUUUUUAUUGUUUACAACUUUUUAUUAUAUUAUAUUACUUGUUAUUUAUAUAUAUUGUAAUUUUUUGAUAUGAUUGCUUAUUAAUGUAUUGUAUAUAUUAAAAUGUAGUUUAUAUUUUCA